ACGCAGCUUUGACAGCGCGGAGAAAGGAGGCGAUCGGAGCUGCUGAUCUGCGUGUGUGUGAAUCCCUGGAAGCAAACAUCUCCCUCCUCCGGUAACAGACAGGCGUCUAUCCGAGGCAGCGUCAUCUGGAAAUGCUUCGAUCAGCAGCCUCUGAGUCUGGUGAGUGAGGGGUUGUCCUCCCAGGUAAGGGUCCCUGUUCCCGGACAUGGCAGGGGAUCUCUACUGCCCCCCAUCCCCGCUGGGGGAUUCCCUCCUAGACAGCCCGCUGUGUGGAGACCUGAUGGAGGAUCUUCGUGACAUCUCGCAGUCCAUAGGAGGAGACACACUGGGAUUUGAUUUCCCGGAGUACCAGAGCACUUGCUCAGGUUCGGAGAACUCCAUCACACUGGACACCUUGACCCCGGCCUCUAGUCCGUCGUCAGGGGGGUGCGGAGCAGCGAUAGGCCCUGAGGAGAAAUUCAGCCCCCUCAGCCUGGAGUGCAGAGUAUGCUCAGACAAAGCGUCAGGCUUCCACUAUGGGGUGCAUGCCUGUGAAGGCUGUAAGGGUUUCUUCAGGAGGACCAUCCGGCUAAAGCUGGAGUAUGACAAGUGUGAACGUAACUGUAAAAUCCAAAAGAAGAACCGCAACAAGUGCCAGUACUGCCGAUUCCACAAGUGCAUCUCUGUGGGCAUGUCCCACAACGCCAUCCGGUUUGGGCGGAUGCCUCAGGCGGAGAAGCUGAAGCUCAAGGCGGAAAGCAAGAUGGUGGAGAAAGAGGAGGCGAGCCCCAUGCUGUCCGACCACAAGUUUCUGGUGAAGCAGAUCCAUGAAGCCUACAUGAGUAACUUCAACAUGAACAAGGCGAAAGCUCGGCUCAUACUCACCGGAAAGACUAGCAAGCCGCAGCCGUUCAUCAUCCACGACAUGGAGACGUUCCAGCUAGCGGAGAAGACUUUAGCGGCCCAUAUGGUAAACAGUGACUAUUUGGAGUCCGGCAGCGGCCUUCAAGCUGGGGAUGUAGUUACAGCUUUGGGGUGUGGGGAGCUCCAGCAGAGGGAGGCUGAAGCGAGGCUCUUCCACUGCUGCCAGAGCACCUCUGUGGAGACUGUCACAGAGCUGACGGAGUUCGCCAAGGCGGUGCCGGGUUUCCAGAGCCUGGAUUUAAACGAUCAAGUGACUCUCUUGAAGUAUGGCGUUUAUGAAGCUCUCUUCACCCUCCUGGCCUCCUGCAUGAACAAAGACGGCCUCCUGGUGGCGCGUGGCAGAGGUUUCAUCACCCGUGAGUUCCUCAAGAGCCUCCGGCGGCCAUUUAGUGACAUGAUGGAGCCCAAGUUCCAGUUUGCCACGCGCUUCAACUCCCUGGAGCUUGACGACAGCGACCUGGCCCUUUUUGUGGCUGCCAUUAUCUGCUGCGGAGACCGUCCAGGCCUGGUGGAUGUGCCUCUUGUGGAGCAGCUGCAGGAGAGCAUCAUCCAGGCGCUACAGCUCCACCUGCUGGCCAACCACCCAGACAACACUUUCCUCUUCCCCAGACUGUUGCAGAAACUUGCUGACCUCCGUGAACUGGUUACGGAGCACGCUCAGUUGGUCCAGGAAAUCAAGACGACAGAAGACACGUCACUGCACCCGCUCCUGCAAGAGAUAUACAGGGACAUGUACUGAGAAUUUCGAACAUGGUCAUAUAUUUGGACAUGUAAUAAGAUGUUAAUGUAUGCCGGGUAAAAUACUCAAAACAGGGUAUACAUGGACAUUUACUAUCAUGCAUAUCAGUGUACUGUAUGUAGCUUGUCAUGCAGCUUCUGUUUCUGGAUAUACACCGCUGUGAUCUGCUGAGGUUGUAUUUAGCCCAUGUGACUCUCUACUGGAACAAAAAACAGCUCUUGUAGGUGGCUGCUUCAAUGAAAGGGGGCUCAGUGAGAAACAAACUUUUUUAAACUACACCAUCUAUGUGUACUGAUAUUUUCAAAUGCAUCCUUACUACAUCCAGUUUGCUGUGGGUGGAAGCUUUCAUCCUAAAGACUGGAGUACUAAACUGAUGUUCAACAGGGAGUAGGCUAUGCAAAUAUGCAUAGCAUUUAAAAUGGGUGUACUAAUUAUAAAGAUACACCAACAUGACUGCUGCAGUCAUGCAUGCACUGAUGCUACAUACUCAUAGUGCCUUUGAACAAUGAUGAGGCGAAGAAGCUGCUGCAACUCAAAAUCAAACAUAUUUUUAAAAGAUGUGUAUCACUGUCAUGCCCUGUAAUGUGUAUUAGUGCCUUACUGAAGUGGCCUCAAUCAUUUUUAAGAUGACUGCAUUGAUGAAAGACGUGCCAUAAUGUUUCCCUGGAUCUCAUGUUGGUGUUUCCUUUAUUUUGACCACAACUUAUACACCCAACAAAUACAAAAAAUACAUUAUAAAGUAUCUUUUUAACCAUAGGGUAGAUGUAUAACUACUUAAUGUUGGACCAGGGUUGAACACAUAGUAUUAAAUCAUGAACAGUGGUGCAUUUGUUUUUAAUAGCAGAACUUAACUGCAAGGAGCCUUACUUCUACUGUAAUCAUUUGAAAAUAUUGCAAUUUCAUGGGUCAUGUGUUAAUAUUAAUCCUUCAUUCUACUGCUAAAAAUCAAGACAACAUCAUAGCUCACUUUUAACCUAUUAUCUCAGAUCAGUGUUACUGAGAACAAAACGUUUUGUACAAUUCCUGCUGUGAAAACACUUUUUUUUUUCAUGAAAAAACCCCAGUAUUGGCCAGUAUUGAAUCACUUGUUUUGACCACAAACACAAUAAUCUUUUUGAGCUGGUUUCUGUAUUAUUUUGUAAAUAUGACAAGAAUGUGGCGACUGCAGUGAAAGGGAUGUGUAUAUCUGCAGGUCUCACUAAGGGGAGCUGAUGGGCCUUAUUUACUGUACUUAGACUUCACCUCCCUGUGUAGUUCUGAAAUGUUAUUUCUUGUAAUAAUGAAUCUGUUAAUGUUUUUUUUUUUUAUCAUAGGUGGUGUACAAUAAAAAGAUGCAUUUGCUGUUUCAAUAGCCUAAAAUAAAGUAAUAUAUUUAA